GAUCACGGCUCCCAUAAAAACCAUUUUCGGGGAGCCUUUGGAAAAAACAACAACUAACCAUGCAGGUAAGCACGAUGUGGCUUGGAAAUGUUUCCAUUAAAGUAUUCUUAGUAGUCAGGGACAUCGUGGCUGGAAAGAGGUCAAGAAAAAGAGUGAAAGCGUGGUGAAAUGAGUGUUCACGGACAAACAUGUCGAAAAUCAGUCAUUUUCUCAAGAUGAUACGAUUGGAGAGGAAUCGUAUUGGACGGUUACUUGAUCACAAUGAGUUUUUGGACGUAUAGCGUUGUCUGCUGAUGCUGAAAGCGGAAUGGAAGCGAAUGGUGGAGUGGAAACCACGAAGUGGCUUUCUUUGGUUAGGAAUUCUGCCGAAUACGAUUCUUACGUAUCGUUGGUACUGCUUUCUACGCUUUUUUAGAUUUUCGUCAAGACUUUAACUGGAAAGACCAUUACGCUCGAUGUCGAGCCUUCGGACACUAUUGACAACGUCAAGACUAAGAUCCAGGACAAGGAAGGAAUUCCUCCCGAUCAGCAGCGUCUCAUUUUUGCCGGAAAGCAGCUCGAGGACGGACGUACUCUCUCGGACUACAACAUCCAGAAGGAGUCCACGUUGCACUUGGUGCUUCGUCUCCGAGGAGGAAUGCAGAUUUUUGUCAAGACCUUGACUGGAAAGACCAUCACGCUCGAUGUCGAGCCUUCGGACACUAUUGACAACGUCAAGACUAAGAUCCAGGACAAGGAAGGAAUUCCUCCGGAUCAGCAGCGUCUCAUUUUUGCCGGAAAGCAGCUCGAGGACGGACGUACUCUCUCGGACUACAACAUCCAGAAGGAGUCCACGUUGCACUUGGUGCUUCGUCUCCGAGGAGGAAUGCAGAUUUUUGUCAAGACCUUGACUGGAAAGACCAUCACGCUCGAUGUCGAGCCUUCGGACACUAUUGACAACGUCAAGACUAAGAUCCAGGACAAGGAAGGAAUUCCUCCGGAUCAGCAGCGUCUCAUUUUUGCCGGAAAGCAGCUCGAGGACGGACGUACUCUCUCGGACUACAACAUCCAGAAGGAGUCCACGUUGCACUUGGUGCUUCGUCUCCGAGGAGGAAUGCAGAUUUUUGUCAAGACCUUGACUGGAAAGACCAUCACGCUCGAUGUCGAGCCUUCGGACACUAUUGACAACGUCAAGACUAAGAUCCAGGACAAGGAAGGAAUUCCUCCGGAUCAGCAGCGUCUCAUUUUUGCCGGAAAGCAGCUCGAGGACGGACGUACUCUCUCGGACUACAACAUCCAGAAGGAGUCCACGUUGCACUUGGUGCUUCGUCUCCGAGGAGGAAUGCAGAUUUUUGUCAAGACCUUGACUGGAAAGACCAUUACGCUCGAUGUCGAGCCUUCGGAUACUAUUGACAACGUCAAGACUAAGAUCCAGGACAAGGAAGGAAUUCCUCCCGAUCAGCAGCGUCUCAUUUUUGCCGGAAAGCAGCUCGAGGACGGACGUACUCUCUCGGACUACAACAUCCAGAAGGAGUCCACGUUGCACUUGGUGCUUCGUCUCCGAGGAGGAAUGCAGAUUUUUGUCAAGACCUUGACUGGAAAGACCAUUACGCUCGAUGUCGAGCCUUCGGACACUAUUGACAACGUCAAGACUAAGAUCCAGGACAAGGAAGGAAUUCCUCCGGAUCAGCAGCGUCUCAUUUUUGCCGGAAAGCAGCUCGAGGACGGACGUACUCUCUCGGACUAUAACAUCCAGAAGGAGUCCACGUUGCACUUGGUCCUUCGUCUCCGCGGAGGAAACUAAGUUUGAAGAAUUCGUUCAAAUAGUUCAAAUUUAAGUAUAGUCUUGAUUGCCAUAAUUUUGACAGGCGUCAAUAUGUUUUUUGGAAUCAAGAAAUCUAUGCCUCAUUAGUAAGUCUGUUAUAAACAGAAUAUUGAAGUGCAUUA